CUGUGUCGUGAUAGAAUUCCGCACUUGACUCACAAUCGGAGAGCGAAGGAAUAGCAGCAUUGCAGCAACUUGCUGAGUCCAAGCCGCGACGAUUGUUCGCAGUACAACAGAGACAGAGACCCGUGGACUAUCAUCCGUUGCCUCCAUCAUCAUCACACGGUUCAGGAAUAUAUUUGGGACGUCGCGCUCGACACUACUGUAGUGGGGCUGAGGGAAGACGGCAGCGAUGCCAGUGCCACCAAGGCAAGCAUUGUUACUCAGUCGCAGGGCUCUUAACAUUCGUUGGGCUUCGGGAGGAAGGAGCAAGGUCGUUCCUUCGUCGAAGUAGCUGCAGGCAGAGGCUGGCAGAAUGAAGAGGCAGAGGUGAAUUAUGACGAGAACGUGGUGGCGCCCCACUUUCCUUCGAGAAAGCGCAGAGCUCUGAACAACAAUGAUUCAGGACAACAACAACUACAACAAGCUCGAGCUCACUCUUACGUCGAGGAUUUCAUUGGGCUAGCCCGUCCCCAGCCCACCCCGUGUGCACUGCAGCAGUCGCAGCGGGCAGAAGAGCGAGGCCGCAGCAAGACUCAGCUCACUCCAUUGCAUCUCACCUGAUGCGAGACAAAAGGCGUAGGAUAGAGGGCGUAGAUCUGGCAUAACCGCGGGAGAAGCGAGUCAUAUUUUUUCAUAUCAGAGCUGAGUCGCAAGACAAGCCGAUCGAGCAAAGUUUCGUCGUCCAAAUUCCGGUCACAUUGCUAAUUGAGCGAGAUGGAAAGGUCGGCGGUGGUGCCGGUCUUAGUACUGCUGUCAUCAUUUCUAGUGUCGUGUUGCGUUGCCAGUCAAGGCGAUCGACAAUCGACUUACAGGCUAUGUACCGAAAGCUGUGAAAAGAGUGGCUGCAUCGAUCAAGUAUGCUUCUCUAACUGCCAACACCCCGUCAAUGGAGUCAACAAGGAUGGUAUGAGUGAGGAGCCCCACACUCCGCCGCUAUUGGCGGCAUUUGAGGAGUGGGAUUGUAAGAGCGAAUGCCGAUACCAAUGCAUGAUGGAUACCGAAUCUAAGAGAGCAGCUAUUGGGGAGGCUCCGUUGAAGUAUCAUGGAAAGUGGGCUUUCACUCGAAUGCUCAAUCUUCAGGAACCAGCAUCUGUCUUCUUCUCAGUUUUGAAUCUUUUGGUACACCUGCAAGGUGUCGUCUCCUUUUACUUUCUUGUGCACUACAAACUUCCACAGCGAGCACUUCAACUCGGAGGAAAGUCACCGUAUUACGAGUUUUGGGGCAUAUGGAUCAUAUACGGUCUCCUUUCCAUAAACUCGUGGCUGUGGAGUGCUGUCUUCCACUCACGGGAUAUGCCUAUUACCGAGCAGCUGGACUACUCCAGCGCGAUUGCAUUACUGGGCUAUACACUCAUUGUCACAAUCAUCCGUACUGGUAACUUGAGGAUUGAAGCUGCACAAGUGAUGGUGGCCGCUCCAAUUCUAGCGUUCAUUACGACCCACAUUUUGUACCUAAACUUCUAUCAGUUUGAUUACGGCCUAAAUAUGAAAGUAUGCGUAUCUUUGGGCAUAGCUCAACUGCUUCUUUGGAGUGGAUGGGCUGGGCUCACUCGCCAUCCUCAUCGGUUCAAACUCUUGUUUGUUGUUGUUGGUACCGCCCUGGCCAUUCUACUUGAGGUAUUCGAUUUCGCACCCGUCUGGGGUGUUCUGGAUGCUCACGCAUUAUGGCAUGCGGUCACCGUACCGUUGACUGUUUUCUGGUGGAGUUUUAUCAAAGAUGAUGCUAGGUGGAGGACAUCUUCGGUGGUGAACAGGGUGAAAGCAACUGCCGAGGCCGAUUCUAGGAAAGAGAAGUAGAAUGGACACUAUAUCUUAAAUUGCUACGAGAAUCAGAAGUUUGAGUAGGUUACUGUAGUUCGAUCAGUUAGUGGUUAUUUUUGUUUCAUACGAUUGCGUCGAAGCAAACAAAGAGGCUGAGUGUUCUUGUUCUAUACCAAGUAGUGCAUUCCAGUGGAUCCCGAAUGUUGUUUGCCUCUCAUGAGUAUGUAGUGAGUGGAAAUCUAUCUCGAAGUGAAGAAUGUCAAGAAGCCAAUUAUGCAGCCAAAGAAUGGUACGAACGAAGAGGGAAUGACGUCAUUAUAUGAAAAUGGAGGUAGUUUCAGACGACUAUUUCAUAGGUCUCACUUGUGGCUCAUGGAAUCGUCUACUCAGAGAGAAUGGAAGUGUAUUUUUUUUUAUCUUGAAAGCAAAGGUUGGAGCGGAGUAAAAUGGCACUAAAAGUGACAUGCUCCGCCGAAAGAACUCGAGACUGACAUCCG